AUGACGGACGGUCGCCCAGCACAGACCGUAACAGGCGCCUCGACGUGAGGAGUGAGGGAGAACCUUGCGUAGAAGUCACGUCACUCGCGGCUCUUGAGCUACUUCGAAUCACGUGAUCACCACAGAGUACAAAAAGUGCAUUAGUGCUCGUAAUCUGAAGAAAAGAAUUUCAAGGUGAUCAACAUUAAAUACAGUUCUUACUAUUGUCAGUGCCUGACUCGUUACUGAAAAUUGAGAAACAAUAAGGCAUUGUAACGAUAUAAGCAUAGGAGAUAACAGUCGUAUCGUUUUCUUUUAACUACCGGCGUCUGUGUGGCCACUGGCCAAGUGCGUGUGACUUCAGUACACAGGAGGACCAUGGAGGGAACAGUGAAGCUGAGACUAGACGUCCACACCGCCCUCCUGCUGCUUUUGUUCACCGCCACUGCUGGUGACCUAGAGCCAACUUUUGGUAAGUGCUGUGCGUACGGUGCCAACUGGGCAAGGGAGGCUCAACAGUGCUCUUCCUUUCCUGCCCCCGUCACAGGGAUUCCCUCAGAACACCAGUCUGUCUGUAUCACCACUGCUGGGAUUUGCUGCCUCAGAUACUUUAGAGAUGAACAGUGCCAGAAAGGGAAGCAAGCAGCUCAAGUUGGCCAGGACUGUGUCACCAACAGUAUGCAGGGCGGGGAGUACUUCCAGGAUUGUUGUCAAGGAUGUAAACUGGGCUUAUUCAGUGGCAGCAUGGGUAUGGGCUGCAGUAUGAGGUUCAAUUUUGGGUUCCCAUGGGAUAAUGCCUACUUACAGUGCUGUAGCCAUGCAUCACCUGGGAACCCUUCUCCUGACUUCACAGAUAUUGGUAGCCAGGCAGUGACUGCUAGUAACCUUGGCAGUAACCUUUACCCUGGCCUCGUCUCAGUUUCAGAAUCUGAUGACUUGUGUGCCAGGUUUCCUGGUAAGCUUUGUGCACAUGUAUGUGUACCAACUCCAGGAUCAUACCGGUGCCAGUGCCGUGCUGGGUUUACACUCUCCAUUGAUGGCAAGACUUGUGUACAGGAUGCUGUCACUGAUAGGUGCCAUCUGAACAACCCAUGUGCUCACAUCUGCCAGGACACAGGCAUAUCUAUUGAGUGUUCAUGCAACACAGGAUUCACAUUAGCUCUUGAUCAGAGAUCUUGCAAGGAUGUGGAUGAAUGCAGCUCUGGUGUGCAUAACUGUGUCCCUGGAGAACAGGUGUGCUACAACCAGGUUGGCUCCUAUUCCUGUAUCAAUGCCGAUGGCUCCUUGUCCUCUCCGGGUUCCACACAGCACCGGACUCCCAGUGUUGGGUCCUCUGGUGGUCUCGCUGGGGAUGCCAGAACAGUAGGAACUCAGAGAGCAUCAGGUUAUGAUAUCAGCAAUGAAGUAGAUCAAGGAUCAUCAGGACUCAUCAACUUUGGAGGAGCCUUAGGUGUGCAAGGUUUCCCUGGUGCUCGACCAGAUCAGAGCUAUCUGGAUGCUACGCACACUCAGGGUCGAUGUCCACCAGGAUACAAUUUUAAUCUGGAUACGAUGGUUUGUGAUGAUGUUGAUGAAUGUGAGGUGACAUCAGGCUUGUGUGGCCGAGGAGCCAUCUGUCAAAAUACCAUUGGUUCUUACACUUGUACACAGAUUCUAGCAGCUGAUUGCCCGCCUGGGUUUGCAUUUGACUCAAACCUACAGUCCUGCUUGGAUAUUGAUGAGUGCUUGGAUGGAUCUAAUAAUUGUAACUGGACAACUCAUUUCUGUGUUAACACUCAGGGAGCAUUUACUUGCCAGCCAAAGGGAGGCCCCAAUGACUGUAUAGCUGGUUACAAGUAUAGCUCUCACCAGCAGACAUGCGUAGAUGUGGAUGAGUGCUCAGAAGAACUUCAUGGUUGUGACCCAGAAGAGGAGACCUGCAGGAACACUGCUGGAGCUUAUGAGUGUGACAUAAAAUGUGAUGAAGGCUUUCAAUUUAGCCAUGCCCUCCGAACUUGUGUUGACAUGGAUGAGUGUGUGGAACUACCCUGUGAUGCUGGAUGGGAGUGUCACAACACAGCAGGAUCCUACUUGUGUCAUGAGCUACCUCGCGCCUUCUGCCCUGCUGGAUAUAAACCCUCCAACGGCACAGCCUCGGGUUGUGAAGAUGUUGACGAAUGUGUUGAAGGUCUGCACACCUGCCAGUCAGAUAAUGAGAUAUGCAUUAAUGAGAUUGGCAAAUAUCGAUGUGAAGCCAUAAGCAUCAAUGAAGUUGAAGUUGAAAGGAACAGUUACGAAAUUCUUACCCGUGCUACCUUCCAGCCCCCUGUUCAAGAAUGUCCUGAAGGUUUUGGUUUUGAUCUUAAUACCAAUCAGUGCCUUGAUAUUGAUGAGUGUAGCACUGGUCUGGAUGACUGCUCGGUAACAGAGAGGUGCAUGAAUACCCUCGGAAGCUACAUAUGUCGGCUCCGUCGUCGCUGUUCUGCUGGGUAUGUUCCAGAUCCAACUACUGGAGAAUGUAAAGAUGUGGAUGAAUGUACUGCUGGCGUUGCUAGCUGUCUCCCGGGUCAGAUCUGUUUUAAUACAGAAGGAGCCUUUGAGUGUCGAGUAGAAUGUCAAGAUGGCUUCAGAUAUGAUCCUUUAGAUGCUGCUGUGUGUGUAGACAUCAAUGAAUGUCUUGAAUCACCUUGUGAAAAUGGGGAGGAAUGCUCUAACACAGAAGGCUCCUAUAUUUGCACCUCUAUCACCACUAGAAGAACCACAACCAAUUUCACAACCACAACAGCCACGAGUCCACCAACAAGUUCUUGUUCAUCUGGCUUUGGAAGAAAUCCCAAUAGUUUACAUUGUGAAGAUAUUGAUGAAUGUCGAGAUCAAGUAUGUGAGCCAGGACAGCAUUGUCAGAACACAUAUGGAUCUUACGUUUGCACCUGUGACCAUGGUUACCGCAGAGACUUAAGGACACACCUUUGUGAAGAUAUUGAUGAAUGUGAAGAAGGACUCCAUGGAUGCCAAGUAGAAUCAGAACAGUGUAUCAACAUCCCUGGGAGCCACACAUGUCAGGCCCGACCCUGCAGCCCUGGCUAUAAUCGUGACCCUGCUAACCCCAGGCAUUGUACAGACAUAGAUGAGUGUGAGUCAUCACCCUGUGGGUCAGAGGAGGAAUGUGUCAACAGUAAUGGAUCGUUUAGGUGCCGUCGUCUUACACCGUGUAAUCCAGGCUUCCGGAGGAAUGAGGACAAUAAACAGUGUGAAGAUAUUGAUGAGUGUGUUGAAGAAGCCCCAUGCACUCAGCAAGAACGUUGUGUCAACACACAGGGAAGUUACCGAUGCAGAACUCUUGACUGUACCGCAGGUUAUCAGAGGGAUGAACGUGGACACUGUAGAGAUGUUGAUGAGUGUGAAACAGGGGAACACACUUGUCGAAUUCCAAAGGAGGAAUGCAUCAACACUCAGGGCAGCUACAGAUGUAAAGCUCUCCCAGACUGUCCACAAGGUUUUACUCGAGAUGCAAAGUCACUGAGAUGUGUGGAUGUAGAUGAAUGUGUAGAAGGUACCCACGACUGCCAUGGAGGUGAGCGCUGCUACAACCAGUACGGGAGAUAUAUAUGCCGGGGGUCUCCCAGCUCCUGCACCAAAGGCUUCAGGUACAACACCCUCGAGAGAAGGUGUCAGGAUAUUGAUGAAUGUGCGGAAACUGUGGAUUCUUGCGAAAGGUCAACCCAGACAUGUGUGAACUCAGUCGGCAGCUUCAAGUGUAUUGAUCAUGAGCCCACCUGUGACUUUGGUUAUAGGUAUAAUGAAGAUGAGCGUGCAUGUGUAGAUAUCGAUGAGUGCCGUGAGAAGCUAGACGACUGUGAGGAUGGCCAAUACUGUGUCAACACUCUUGGCUCGUAUCAGUGUCAGACCCAGGGUGCUGCUACUCAGACCUGCCAUCCAGGGUUCACCUUCAACAUGACAGCCAGAGUCUGCAUGGACAUAGAUGAGUGUUUGGAUGGAACCCAUGACUGCUCGUCAUCAGAGAUUUGUGUCAAUCGUCGUGGAGACUAUGUGUGUGAACUGAGGGAUGAUAACCUUAGUACCACGGCAUACACCAGAGAUGAAGAUGAUGGUGAAGACUAUGAUGUAGUGCUAGCUAAGAGGCCCAGUGGAAGCAGCAGUAAGCGUGGCCGUUGUCAGGAGGGCUAUCGCUACAAUCGCCGUCGUCGUAUUUGUAUGGACGUCAAUGAGUGUGAGGAGGGUUAUGAUUUCUGCAAUAAACUCACUGAGGUUUGUGUCAACACUGUGGGUAGAUACAGGUGUAACCCCUUAAUUGAGCCCAGUGCUGCUACUGCCACCAUCAAUACCUCCAACACCUUCGCUAUUCCUCCUCCUCCUCCUCCUCCCCUGCCUCCUCGCCCUCAGUCUGGUCCACAGUGUCCAACUGGGACAGAGUAUGAUUCACUUUCAAGUGUAUGCAGAGAUGUUGACGAGUGUGCGACUCGACCAUGUGAUGAAGAAGAGGUGUGUAAUAACACUCCAGGAUCCUUCCAGUGUGAGUGUCAAGUUGGCUUCUCCAGGGAUGAAUCAGACCAGAAAUGUGAAGAUAUGAAUGAGUGCCAGCUUGGGUUACACUCGUGUACCGAAACUCAACGGUGCGACAACACUAUUGGAUCCUUCGCUUGUAUACGUAUUGCAGGGUGUGGUACAGGCUACACCCUCAACCACAACACGGGAGAAUGUGAUGAUAACGACGAAUGUAAACUGAAAACACAUUAUUGUGACCAGUUGGGUCCCAAAUAUCAAUGUGUCAACCUCAAAGGGUCAUUCCGAUGCAGGAAGAAGUCCUGUCCUUCAUCUCAAAUGCUUAACCAUGAUGGUAUUUGUGUUGAGUUAACCUGCAAUUCUGGAUUUAAGCCUGUUAAUGGAGAAUGUGAAGACAUAAAUGAGUGUGCUGAAGGAAUACCCUGCCAGCGAAAUGAACGAUGUAUUAAUGUUAUUGGGUCCUUUAACUGUCACCCUCUCCUCAACUGUGGAGCUGGCUACAAGAUGAAUGAGUUUGGAACUCAGUGUAUAGAUGUUGAUGAGUGUGCUGAUGGGACUCAUCAGUGUACAGGAAAUCAAGAGUGUUCUAAUCGACAGGGAGGGUACAUUUGCCAGUGCCCUACUGGCUUCAGGCAUAACAGCUUACGACAGUGUCAAGAUGUUAAUGAAUGUGAAGCUUACUAUGGAAGUGUAUGUGCAAGUAAUGCGGUCUGUGAGAACACGGAAGGAUCCUAUCGCUGUAACUGUAAAAAAGGCUUCAAACAAUCUAAUGAUGGCCGUACUUGUGUAGAUGUGGAUGAAUGUGCUGAGAUUCCAGGGAUCUGUCAUCACAACUGCAUCAAUGUAUGGGGAAGCCAUCAGUGCACCUGUAGGGCAGGCUACAACCUGGCCAGAGACAACAGGACAUGCAGUGAUGUAAAUGAGUGUGAAGAAUACCGAGGACGUGGACGACUAUGCAUUGGAAUCUGUGUCAACAUGGCAGGAUCCUUCAAGUGCUCAUGCCCUGAUGGGUACAGGCUGGCAACUGAUGGCCGUACCUGUAAAGAUAUUAAUGAGUGUGAGACAGGAAACGUGUGUCGGGGGGAAAAUGAACAUUGCGUCAAUACCCGUGGUGGACACAAGUGUAAUAGCAUCACUUGUCCUAAUAACUACGUUCGUGACACUCGUCAUAAGAACCGGUGCAAGAAGGUCUCGCUCUACUGCCUUGAAGAUGACGAAGCAUGUCAUCGUAAGCCACUCAGCUACUCCUACAACUUCCUGCCACUGGUCAGCAACAUGUCUUUACCAUCAUUGGGGCAGGUGGACCUCUUUACCAUGAGGGGGCCACUCUGGUCAUCUACAACAGUGCAAUUCGAGUUGGAGUUGGAGUCUUCUAGGGCGCCAGUAGGAGUUGAAGCUGCCACCAGAGAGUUUUUCUACCUCAAGCGAACUUCAUUUAAUCAGGCAGUGAUAUCUCUUGUAAAGCCAAUAUCUGGUCCACAGGAGAUACAGCUUGCACUAAACAUGCAGUUAUACCAGAAGGGAAAAUAUGGUGGAUCAGCCGUAGCAAAGCUAUUGGUUUAUGUGUCCGAGUAUGAUUUCUAAUUUUUAUUCUUAGCCUUGUAAGGUAAGGUAUUGAUGUAUGCUUUAAGUUGGAUUGGGUUAUGAGAGAGAAAUUGGAACUGAGAAAGAAUAUGUAUGGAUAAAUUGUAAAUUAGGUGAUAUGUACUAAAGAGUACAUUUGUCUUAGUCAGGAUUAUGUUCGCUGUAAAUUAUCAUAUAAUUUAAUAGUUGACUGUAUGAUACAUAAAUAGGUUUAUUACGCCUAUAAUCGGUAUAUGCAGUCUAGUGUUGAUAAUGACUUUCAAUUUUAGUACAGUACAGUACAGCACAGGUACGUGCAAAAAAAACAUCUUCACAGAGUCAGUAAAAAAAAAUUAUACAGUCCCUUUAGUAGAGUUAGUGUUUUUAAUCUCUUAAAAAUUUUCAGCAAAAAGAAAAUCGAACUAGAAUUAAAUUUUUUUAUUCUUUUCAAAAUUAUCUUUUCACAGGAUUGUAUUUAUAAAAGUAGUUUCUAUUCAUAAAGGUUGUUACUGUAUUAUUGCCCACACUAUUAUUAUUAAAGUAGUGUCAUUGUAUUGCAGAUUUUUUUUUUUUCACAUUUAGUUUUAAGUACAGAAUAUAAGAAAUCAUUUGUUGUUCUAUUAACUGAUGUGCAAGUACAGGUGUAUUUAUAACUUGAUACCUGGCCCAAGCAGCUCAAAUUUAACCAAACAAGAGUAUGGGUUGAAAACCCUGACAUGAUUGACUGAACAAAUUUGAAAAUUUGUUGAUCCUUCCCUUUAAUGAGAGUUACCAAUUAUGGCUGAAGGCCAGGGGUCUGUAUCAUCACAUUAACAAGUGCAGUUAUUGACUCUUUUAUGAUUCUGUUAUAAAGCAUCAUUUUGCAGAUUAACUAUGCAGAAUGAGCAGGCCUGUUGGAAGUGAUGUACCAACCCCUCCAUACUUUUUAAAUAUUUUAGGCACUGCUCAGUGGAUGACUGUACUUAAUUAUGUAGUUUGUGAACGGUUGGAGAGAUGGUAUGUGAGGCCUUAACAACUUAACCCCAUUCCUAAACUCAAUGAUGUUAUAUGGUGGUUUUUAUUUGAUGUGUGUGUCUGACCUAAGGCUUUGGAAAAGGUAUAAGCUACUGUGAUUCUGAAGGGAAUUUUAGUCAACUUUAAUUUGCAAUGCCUCAUUGGGGGGAGAAGUUUGUCUUGGGAUUUAGUUGGUACUCCUCUGUUUGAUUGGUGCACAAACUUACAUAUACUGUACACAUAAGACAAAUACAGUGGUCCCUCGGUUAACGAACGCCUCGGUUAACGAAUUACCUUCCAUAAGAAUCUUCAAUUCGGUUAACAAAAAAAAAAACUGAUUUAC